CCAGCCGUUGCAAAGAUGGCAAGUAGCAAGCAAAGCUGUAUGCGAUAUAUUCCGAGUUGCCGAGCCGGGCCGCCAAUACUGCUCAGCCAUUGAGGUACAACAAUCUUACGAUCGAUUUUCCUCACACAUUCCAAUACCGUGUAUCGUCAGACGUCAAUCCAUGGAUCGCGCCGGUCGGCCUCUGCGACUUCUCUCUAUUGAUGGAGGAGGUGGUUUGCGAGGAUAUUCCGCUCUCACGAUAUUGGACCAUCUUUGCGACACCAUCAGUUCCGAGGAAAAGGCUUUGGGAUUACGAGCGCCGUAUGACGACGAUUCCCUUCGUCCUUGUGAAUACUUCGACCUCAUUGGUGGAACUGGAGUUGGGGGUCUCAUUGGAGUGCUCCUCGGUAGAUUGCGCUUGGAUAUCAAAAGCUGCAUCAAUGUUUAUGACGAUAUUCUAAAAGCAAUAACCGAAUGUAAGGAACCCUCAAGUGCAUUUGGCCUUGCGCUGUCAUCGGCACCAAAGUUUUCGGUAUCCGUGUUAGAGAACGCUGUCAAACGCGCAUUAAAGAGUUUGGGAUAUCACGAGGACGAGUUGAUGUGGGAUGAUUCACUUUUCGAGGAUAAACCUGAUGUACAGUCCGAGACCAACGAAUCACCAAUUCUGGGCCGAGCAGACAGCAUAUGGCACCAGGAUACCCACGAUCUUCUAAAUCAACCUAUUGAACACGACCUCUCGGCACACGAUAGCCUUGAGUUUCCAAACCUCGAACCAACCAUCGUAAGGGUGCGCCGGCAAAACACAGUUCAAAGGAAAGAUGAUCGGCGUGGCUGCAGGGCUUUCAUGCUGACCAGCGUCAAGACAGCCAUGGGUAUACCGCGUGCUCUUUCGACGUAUGACCCGAACAAUCGGCGGAUGCGGAUAUGGGAAGCAACGUGUGCAACAUGUGCAACCCCGGAGUUCUUUGGCGAAUUCAGCUUUGGGGUUCCACCUGUAACGUACCUGGAAAGUGGUAUAGGGCUCUCAAAUCCUGCUGGCGAGGUAGACCACGCGGCAAAAGAAUUGUGGGAGCAGCGUUCCAUCGGAGUGAUUGUGUCCAUUGGUAUGGGGUUGAGAACCAUGCCACACUCUGAAAACUCAUGGUUGCAGUUUCCCCUGAGCCAAAGCAGCACACAGACCAUCGUUUCUGUGUGCGCCAAGCAAGCCAUAAGCAUAGCACGAGUAGAGAACGAGAUGAACCGCAGAUACUUCGCUACUGAGGUCAGCUACUUCCGGUAUGACAAUGAUCGAAGUCUUCCGAAUGUCUCUCUGGAGCAAUGGUUGAAAGAGGGCGAUGCUACUGCGUUGACAGAGCAUUAUGUCAGGGAUCCGGUUCAGGUCCAAUCGAUUCGCCAAUGUGCGGGAACCAUUGUUGGCCUUACAGCUGACCCAAUCGCCAUUGAUAUACCAGCCGAGCGCUUUACAUACAAUGUUACUGGUAAGAGGACCGGCCAUGUGAUUAAGGAGGGUGUGGGUUUCACCCACCUUGAUACAGGGAAAGACAACAUAAGAGAACGAGCAAGAUGCUUACAAAGACCUGGGAUCAUCUUGGACGAUCUGGGCGAAACACGACUUAUCCUUCCAGUACCUUCCCGUAAAGAGGGAAAUACAGCACAAGUGUAUUCUUGCGUUCGCGCCCAAGAAGUUUGCUUUAAGUCUUUAUGCAAUCCCAUUGCUUCGGGGUGGUACACGGCUGUGUUCGUCAUGUGUUUCUGGGAGACGGACGUUGCUGCGCCAGAAGGCAUUAUAUUUUCGGCCGGAACGCCCCGAAAUGCGUCUGACUUCAUGCGGCGGUGGCUGGAUGUGAGAAUUACGCCUGACGCAGUGCCCGUCCUACUGGACGAGAAAGUGGUUCGUGCGCGACUGGGGAGAAGCAAAUACGAGUCAAACAUCGGGAAGGGUUGGCUGGAGGUCACACUUCGAGAGAAGGUCUAUGUUGGUUCGGGAGGGCAGCUUGGGCUCGUGGUAAAUGCGAUCUUCAAGAAAGGUACUCACAUCGGUGGUUGGACCUUUGGUGGUGUGAGACUGGUUCCUACCAAUGCAUCCGAGUAACACCCGUCGUUGUAGGUCAUCGCUAUCAAGGAGUCAUAGCCGGUCGAAGACGCUUUCUUGGAGCUGAUGUCUAUUUGUCCCGGGGGUAGGCUCGGCAGACACUGCUGUGCUGUUGUUCAAGCCUGGUGCUUUUUGUCGUAUCUCUGGGCUCUACAGAGGCGCAGGCAGGGCUUCAAUGGUGGAGUCUUCAGAAAGUUAUCGUAGAUCAAACAGGUCGAGAAAUAUGAUUUGGCUUCGUCGAUAACUCCGUCCUUUGAACGGUCUCUUCGGGGUGAGACCCCCGUACUUUUAAAGACGACAGCGUCGACUUCCUAGAAGAGGAACGUAUCUCCAGAAUUGACCAGCUUCCUUUUCCACCUGCGGGCCUUUGCAUAUGAA